AUGCACCAAGUGAUUCAUUACCUUCCCAUCAUCCAAGUCAUUCUCUAUUUUCCCAUCGUCCCCGUUUCCAGUGCAGGCGCAUUCGUCACAUGUUUCGUGGUGGGCUGCGUGGCAGUUGCAGCUGCGCCCUUCCCCGUGCGACCGCGUCCGUUCCUGCGUGACUCGUGCCUCUUUGCAACAGGCGUGCUGCUACUGCUCCUCAUAUACCUCUCAGGCCACGUGUACCUCUGGCAGGCAGCCGGCCUCCAUGUCCUUGUGCAUGUCCCUCGCUUCUGGCGUCUGGCGCUCUGGACACUCACCGCCUGGCUUGAAAAGCUGCGGGCGUGCCUGCACGUCAUCUUUGACCCGCUGCGCCUGGCCACCAUCCCAUCCAUCGACCCCUCCGCAUGGGACAUCCGAUACGCCACCGCCAACGUCUCUUCUGGAUAG